GUUUUCACUUUCCCAAAUUCAACUUGCGAGUCUUCUAGGGUUUACGCGAUCGAUCACCAUCACCAUGGUUCUCAAACCAUGCGUACUCGAGACGACGAAGAGAGAAGGAGAUUCGAGGAUUGAAGAAGGACGCAGUGAUGGGAAAGUCAAAAUUGAGGAGCCUCGCGAUACUAGAGCUGAUGAUGAUAUCCUAAAGGCGCCUGAAUGGGAUGUGGACAGCUUCGAUGGUUUAGAGUAUUAUUCAUCUUCGGAUCCCGCCUCUGAUGAGCAGCUUUCAUCUGACGAGCUGGAGGCUUUAGAGAACUACAACAUCGUUAAACGCCAGUUGAUCGACAGCAAGGGAUUUUACUUGGAUCCAGAGCGUAGGCUAAGAUAUUUCUACAAAAACAUCUCUACUACAAGUUUGGACCGGAGUGCACUUUGGGGCAAAACCUUUCGUGAGUACUGGGAAGAGAUGGUACGUGUCUGUCUCCAAAAACACAACCAAGACAACCAAGACAAGGUGUGUAAUGUGGAGUUUGUUGAAGUUGUGAGAGGUAAUUAUCGCGGAGGACCGAGAUCAAAGUCAUACAUUACGUUUCUGGCUAGGGAGAAGCCGGAUGGACCUCUUGUGGAGUAUCAAGCUAAGUGUAUGGUUACUUUGGACAGAAAGAGGCAUCCCAUCCUCUGUAGACCCACUCCUACGCCAAUGCCUUGAUACCAAAACUAUAACUUAUAGUCUAUAAGGUAAUUUUAUUUACAUUGGUUGAUUUGAGUGUUUGAUAUGCAGAGAUUCAAACGUGCUUAGAUAUUAUAUAUAUAUAUAGUUGCUUCUGGAAUCUGUUAAUGAUAUACUGUCUCUCUCUCGCGGGUGAUUUGCUUUGUCGAGGCUCAGUAGUGUUUAGAUAUCUAUGUAAUGUAUGCUUUUCGUUAUA